ACCAUGAGCUCGUCCCCGUCCAUCUGCGCGUCGCCGAACUUCACGUUUCCUUCUACUAACAGCCCUAGGGACACUCCCGUGGACUACUUCACCAUGAAAGCUGACGUCAAGAACUCGUUCCCCCAUCCUGGGCCACCAUCCUCAAGAAUCAUACCGAGCCAGCACGCCCAGAAGCCUCCCAGCCUCCAUCCAUCGGGACCCAAGGCCAAGCUCACCACCGCCCACAAGUCCAUCAACGACUCCAUCAGCUCCAUCACAUCCAACACCUCGGACCUCACCAUCUACGAGAACAGCUUUGGCAAGAGCUUGCGCACAAACUCGAUCGCAUCCACAGACACCUUGGUCGACGACACCGAGAAUGAGUCCGACAAACUCAACCUUCCCAGGCGAUCCAACAAGUCCCAAUCCGCAUCCUCCAACGAUAUCAUUCCCUCCACCGGCUUGCUCUCUUGCCGUGAAAGCGAAGAGAUCGAGUCAAACAAAGCAUCCUCUGCAACAGAGUCUUCAUUUCCUUUUCACACCGCCACGCCAUCUUCAUCCCAAAACUAUUCGCAUGCCAUCCAAGCACCCCCUGUUAAGAAGCAGUUCACGUUGCCAAUCAUAUCCUUGCAGAACGAAUUGUCGUUGGACUCCAUCAAGCACGAACAGCUCAAAAGAUUACACUCGCUACCAACUAUGAAUUACAGACAACAAAUUGAAAACCUCAGUUCUACCAGCAUUAAGUACAUUUCUGAAGCUGAGGCUGACUUGUCUUUACGUUCCAACAGCGAUCCCCUUUUGGUGAUUGAUAUCAGACCUUUUGCUGACUAUGUAAAAUCCCAUUUGAAAACUGCGUUGAAUGUUUGCUUGCCUUCGACCUUGUUGAAGCGACCCAACUUUAAUUUACAUCGCUGCAUUAACUCCUUACCAGCUUAUGAAAAGUUGCAGUUCAAAGACCUUUUUGCUACUCUGAACGGAAAAGUCUUUAUCUACGAUUAUUAUGAAAAUUCUGCCAACUUGUAUCACAUGUGCAACAAGUUUGUUAACAGUCCUUUAUUUGUUGAUACCAAGCACUCGAUUUACUUGAUUGAUGCCAACUUAUCCCAUUUCAAUGAACAAUAUUCCCACUUGUUCGAAGAGGGCAGCACAUCUAACAUUAAUACUUCGAGUGCUCACGAAAAUAAUCCUAGUGGGUUUGCUCCACAGCUUCUGGCUAUCCCCAAGAACAGGGCUCAGUCAUUAGCCGACUUGUCAGCUAUUCAUAAGUCUAACCACGAUUUGAAGCGUCAUUCGACAAGCAUUGACUUUGACACUGUGGAUAGUUCAACUCCCAUUCUCUCCAACUUCUCUUUGCCUAAACUUACCGGAGGUAACGUUUUCAAAAUCAGACACAACGAAGAAUUAUACAGCAUGAAUUCAAAUCCUUUCGACUUUUCUGGGUCAUCGUCUUCAUCAACUUUGAAUCAGAAUGCAUCCAAUUUAUUCAAAUUACAGAAUUUACCUAAGGAUAAAUCACACUUGCCGGAAUGGUUGAAGUCUUCCGUAUUAGAAGGUCUGGUACAAUCUAAUAAAAUCAAUGCAGAUUUCUUUGCCUUAGAAAAGUUUGAACAAAAGCGAUUAAUUUCAGCAUUGUCAUUAAAGAACUCGGAGGGGGUUUUGUCGCCUAUCAAAGAUGAAGUUGUUCCAACAAUUAGUUGUGGAAUUGAAUAUGGCCAUAAGAACAGAUACAAGGACAUUUUUCUUUUCGAGCACUCAAGGGUUAAAUUGGGUGAUCUCAAUGGUCCCACCAGUACAACUGAUAUUCCUAGUGAUGACGAUUAUAUCAAUGCUUCUUACUUGGAUCCUAUUUCAAACUUGGAAGACUAUUCUAAAGUCACGCCUCAAGUCUUGUCUCACUUGAAGUUCAUUGCUACUCAAGGUCCUUUGGAACAAACUAUGGGUGACUUCUGGAAGUGUAUUAUUACAGCUAGAAGCCCUAUUGUGAUGUCAUUGACCGAUGAGAUUGAAAAUGGUGUCAUGAAGUGUUCGCCAUUUUGGAAAUCGGGUGUUUACCGUUCGAACCAGGAUGUGAUUAACUUGAAACUUACAGGAGAAGUUAGAGUAAGCGACCACUUGAUACUUAGAUCCUUCUCCAUGACUAUGAGCAAUGUUGCUGGAGGACCAACCUUUUCUCACAAUGUGCUUCAAAUGCAUUUAUUAUCAUGGCCGGAUAUGGGUACUAUUUCCACCCCAUUGGACAUCAUUCAAUUAGUUCAGUUGAAGUACUACAUAUUGGAAAAGAUGCAAAUCCAAGAGGAUUGUAAUUAUCCUACUGUCAUCCAUUGUUCUGCUGGUUGUGGUAGAACUGGUACGUUCGGGGCCAUUGACACCGUGAUCAAUAUCUUGAAGAAUAACAAUUCCCAAGAAUUGAACUCCGAUCCAAUCCACCAGAUUGUCAAUAAUUUUAGAAGACAACGGAUUUCAAUGGUACAGAAUUUGAGACAGUAUUAUUUGAUCUAUGAGAUUGUUUUAAACUAUUUAAAUGUGGGUAAUUCCAUCGAAGAUCCCACCAAUACCCUUUCUCACUGGGAUGAUUUGACCAAAUUGGACAUCGUGAAUGAUUUCAUAGCUACAUAUCCUAAACUCUAGUUUUAGUAAGUAUGUUAAUUUAAAAAGUAUAAAAAAGUUCGAUUAAAUACAUCGGGAUAUUCAGGAGCACGUGAGAGUAGUUGUCGACAAGGAUUGGGUAACCAUCCAGUGGAAGAGUCUGAACUGGAAGCACCGAAGUAGCAGUUUCUACCUAAUGACUGCCACUUUGACAGUGGCAUUCAAGGGAUUAAAUAACGGCUCCCUGCUAUCACACUCAAACCCCGGCAUAGUUGCUCUCUCCAGAUCCAACUGUUAAUCAUUGAUUGCGAUC